AUGACCUCCCAAAUCGUGCCAGUGGUUGAAGCUGUACCAUUCGUGGACUGCUCACCAGCAUACAGGUCUCUACGACAAUCGUUGCUUGAAGACUUUAGCGCCAAAGUCCCAAGUCACCUCAGACUUGCGCAAUCAAUCAUCGAUAACCCACCAAAGAAUGUGACCAGUAUUCCUCGAGAUUGCGGUAUCCUGUCUCCAGAAGAGAUUUACAUAACCGAGGAUUAUGAUGUCGUCUCCCUUGCAAAUGCCAUCGCAUCCAAGAAGCUGUCUGCUGUGGCCGUGGCGACUGCAUUCUGCAACCGAGCUAUCAUCGCCCAUCAGCUCACCUGCUGUCUGACCGAAUGGUUCAUGGAUGAAGCAGUCGAACAAGCACGAAAGCUUGAUGAGUACCUGGAGGAACACGGAAAGCCCAUAGGUCCUUUACACGGAAUCCCCAUAAGUAUAAAGUUACGAUUGUCCAUUGCUGGCCACUGGUCCAUGGCUGGAACACUCGAUACGCUACAGAAAGCUGACGUGGAUUGUCAAUUGAUUGGAAUUCUGAGAGAAGCUGGAGCCGUAUUCUACUGCAAGACCAAUCAACCGCAGUCAAUGAUGCACCUCGAGUCGCUCUCCAUCUGGGGUCGGACCCUGAACCCGUACAACAUCAACCUGUCCUCAGGAGGCUCCUCUGGAGGUGAGGCAGCUCUCAUUGCUCUGAGAGGAUCUGUCUUUGGCCUUGGUACAGAUAUUGCGGGCAGUGUACGUAGCCCAGCGGGCUAUUGUGGAAUCUUUGGGUUUCGCCCAACCUCAUACGUAAUGCCCAGCAAGGACUUUCUUGGUGGCAUCCCUGGCUUCGCGGCAGAAUUGAAUGUCAUGGGAUGUCCUCAUCUCGACGAUCCCCAACUCAUUCAUACCGCAUGGCCGAGCAAACGGAAAGGAAGACAACCAAAUGUCGGUCCGCUAAGAGUUGGGUUCAUGAUGGAUGACGGAAUGAUAACGCCACAGCCCCCCGUCACAAGAGCGCUCAUGUGGGCACGGUCGCAUCUCUCAAGAUCUUCCUCCUUCCACGUGAAAGACUUUCAGCCUUUUGAAACCGCCGAUGCGAUGAAGAACCUUGCGAGUGCCUAUUGGCCUGAUGGCGGCAAAUCGCUGAAGCACCACCUGUCCAUCAAGGAAGAACCAUUACUUCCCCUAACAGCCUGGGCUCUCAAGGACGUGGAUGAUAUCGACAUCGGGGUGUCGGGCAUCCUUAAGCAACGUGGAAAGCGUAAUCAAUUUCGCUAUGACUUUGCUCAACAUUGGGACGCUCAGCAAGUAGACAUUGUCGUCUGUCCCGUGUCAGUUGGCCCCGCUUGUUCGCAUGACACAACUUUCUAUUGGAACUAUACUUCCUUCUGGAACUAUGUUGAUUAUCCUGGCGUGACCAUCCCCACUCGAAUUAAGACUUUUGAAAAGGGGGCUGAAAGCUACAUCUCUAGUACUCCUCUCAGCGACGAAUGCAUUCAUGUCAGAAAGCUUUGGGAAGAAGGGGACUUCGAAGGUGCCCCCAUUGCCUUGCAAGUCAUUGCUAGGAGAUAUCAUGACAUUGAACUAUUUGAUGCCGUGAAAGCUUUGGACGAUGUUUUAGCGAUGGGGGUUCCCGUAUAG